AUGGAAAAAAGAGAGGAGGAAAAUGUUAAAAGAAAGCAACAAAAACACCAACAAUUCGAGUAUUCUGAAUUGGAUCUAAUAGAUUCUGAAAAAGUCAAUGAAUUCGUUGAAAAAUUUAACAAAAUUUCACGAAAGAUUGGUGAUACGGAACCAGUUUUACAUAAAAUGAUCGAGUUACUCGUAAGAAAUCCGUCCUCAUGGCCUCGAAUACGAUUCAUAUUCUCAAUAAUCAAGAAAUUACUCAGUCAAAAUCCGAUGCCAUCAACACUCACAGUUGAUCAAAAUCCGAUGCCGUCAACACUCAUAGUUGUCGGUCCAGACGACGACGGGGUCGAUUUGACAAACAACAAUAAUAUGAUGUCACGUGCUUCAAUGCAACAAGAGCCACAAGUUACAAUUCCACAAUUACUUCGAUUUUUUCCAAACUUUCUUAAUAUCGAUUAUCCACCAAUAUGGAUGGGCGCUAUUUGUUUCCUCUUGAUUAUCAUGCGAGAACAUGAACGUGAUUUUGUACAAGUGAAAUCGGAGUUAAUUAUUAACCUGGUUAAAAGAAUUUUUGAUAUGGGUAAUACUUUACCAAAGAUACUUUCUGACAUACAGUUCGAGUGUAUCGAUAAAAGUCAUCAAUUUAUUGAUGCACUAUUGGUCGGGAGAUGUUGUAGUGGUGUUGGUGUUGUUUCUUAUUAUCAGAUCAUUGUGGAGUUACCCAAAGUUUAUGGUGAACCGGUAAACGGACAUUUCAAAUAUGUUCAUUGGUCGAUGGAACAAAUUAUUGAUGAACUUUGUAAGCGAAGAAAAAAACUUUCACAGCUAAUGGUUCCACCUGGCAAACUCAUUUUGGCCAUUAAUUUCCCGUUACAGCAACAAUUGAUCCAAGACGAGCAAACCACCGACUUAAUAUCACACUUUCGCGACUUGUUUUUCCAACAUGCAUCAGUUGAAGAAAUCAAAUCAAUGGGGAAAUUAGUGAAAUCGAAUAUAAUGGGGUUGCAGGCUGUACGCACAGCUAUUCUCAGACGAGUUUUCGAUGUACUAAAGUAUACGCAACGAAGAUCUGAUUUUAGAGCAACAAAAGAUUAUUAUCCAACACCAUCGGAAGCAACGUUGAUUCCAGAAAAUCUGGACUUCUGGGAACUUAUUUUAGAACUCACAGAUCAGUUAUAUAGUUUAGUUGCUUCAGAGUACUUAAAAUAUGAAGAUUUGCUCGCAGAUUUUCUCAAUCUGGCACAUCCAACGCCACCACAACAGCGUAGCAAUAAUAUUACUGAACCUCGUCGACCAAUUAUUGCUAAAGAUAAUACAUUGGUUUGGUUGCUUUUACAACUUUGGCAUAUUGAAAAGCUCUCGCAUAAAAUAUCCCAAGAUCUUCAAUCGAACGAACGUCUUUUCCUCAUGUUUGUCAAUCUGUAUAAUGAAAAUCAGGUCAAAUCACGAGACGCGUUCCAUCUAAGGGAUUUGUCUUUAACCUGUGGGUUGACUCUUAAAAGUGAGUCUAUAAACAAAAAUAAUUUAAAGUAUCGGCAUCCUUCCUUGGCAUCUGCGUUGUACUAUUCGCCAUUAUGUCAUGACUUACUGCUCACUUUUUCAAAAGCUUAUAAAGAACAAAUAACAAAUCACGAUCUCUUUCGAAACCUACCACUACAAGAAAUCAUCAAGAUCGCCAUUGUAAGUCAAGCGCAUAAAACUUUAGUCGCGGACACAUUGUAUGUGUACUUGGUGCCUGAUAAAUCGAUCAAGCUUGGUAAAUUGGGAUUUCAGCACGCGAAAUUCUUGAAGGGUGGAAAUGUCGAUUACAAGUUAUUGGAGUAUUUGAAUAUUUGGGGAAAAAAUAGACUUGCUCAACUCAUUUAUAAAAUGAUGUUUGAAGAUAAAGGACCAAAUUUCAAGGACAAAUCGCAACAGAUUAACUGUGUAUCACCAUAUAUUCUUGAUGUGGUAUACAAGACGCUUUACGGUGCUCCGUGGUCUCUCGAAUUAAUGAUUCAAGAGAUAUUUGGAAGAUUAAAAAAAGUGGAUAUGUUGCACAAGCAAAAGAUAGAAACGAACAUUAAAAUUGAAGGUAGCAGCAAUAGCGGUGCAAACAGUGAACAACAACAGCAAACGUCAUCAACAAUAUCAGAGAACUUGAUGUACUGGCAACACACAAUCCUCGAGCUUUUCAAUUUUCGACUAUUACGCUUUCUAAAGUUCUUGCCACGUGCGCAUGAACUUUUAAAUUAUAUCAAAUAUUCAUUAUCGUAUUUGGAGCAUCGGCAGAUGUACCGGGGGAUUGAGAUGUUUGCUGUCCAUGCUAUGAUGAUACAAAUUGACGUCAAUUUUAUUAAAUCUAUCGCGGAUCCUAAUCGUGAUAAACCAAUAUCUGAAAUGUUAGCACGAAUUAUGAUUUUGACUAUUUCGAGACUGAUAAAAUUCAGAGGUUUCUCUGAAAUUUCCCCGGAACUUACACAGAACGUACUUGACAGUCUAUGUCCUAAACCAUUAGCCUGGUCAGAAAAUACACUAAAGUAUUUUCCAGAUCUCAUAAAGUUGUAUCUUGCUAAUCAGACUAUUGAGAAAACGCCAGAUGUGAUCAAGAAAAUUGUAGAGCUUAUCAGAACAGAUAGCGUAUUGCCUAAACUGGUGAAAGGGGUUCCUUUGGAGAAAUCUGAAGAAGAACUUUUGGAGCAUUAUUCUCGGGAUGAUAAUCAGCCAAUUUUACUGUGUAUUAUAUGGUCUAUUUGCGUGGUUAAGAAACAAGUGGACUCGACCUUGAUGGAUCCAUUUCGUAAACUUUUACUACAUCUUCCUCCAUCACGUAUGUCCACUUACACAAUCGGCAUGGUUGAUUUUGCGGUCGAUCAAGACUAUAGCAACGCCACUAUUGAAUUGCCAUACAGACUGCUUGAGAAUCUGAUAUGGACAUACCAAAUAGUGGCGUUUGAACACGUGAUUUUUGCAUUGAUACGUGGCAACAGAAACCAUGAUCACGAAAAAACCAAAGUCGCGUUCGGAUUUCUCGACUACCUAUUAUUCAAAUCUGAGGGAUUUCAAUCACGAGUCGAUUACUUUAUUUCAUUGAAUUUCAAUCCACGGUACUGGGCCGAAGACGAUUAUCACGAAAAAUUGAUGAAAUAUCUGGAAAAGUAUCCGGAAUUUUUCGAAUUCGAAGCAUUUGCAAUGGACGGCUACGAAAAAACGAAAAAAUCUCUGGAUCCUCCGGUUUCUACUCAGAUGCCAAUUUAUUAUUCUUUUGUGAUCGCAAGAACUAUUCCGAUUCUCGAUAUUGUGAUUGGACGAUUGAUUGAGUACGGGGAGAAAGAUAUGCUCGUAAAGUUAUUGGAGAAAUAUGGUCCCUUGUAUAAGUACCAUCAGACUCCUUUGUCAUUUAUUCGAGAUUUGUUCCAUUAUUAUUAUUCCGAUCUGCUGCGAGAUCAUAUAAUUAGUAAAAAAUUGGUUCAUCUGCUUGAUUUUGACGAGUAUGAUAUUGCACCUGAAUUAUUGCAGUACGCGUCUGACGAACAGAAUAAAGGCGAGGCUUUCGAUGAAAAUUAUUUCCACCGGGUUUUUCAAAAGCUAGGCGACUAUAUGUCACCGAAAAAAUGCGGACCAAAACCAAACUCAAAACUCCCCGAGAAACAUUAUCGCGAAGUUCCAAAUCCAACGGUACAGGCUCUCUACGUAGCAUGCAUCGAGAUAAUGGCAACCCCUGUCACACCAGAAAAUAUCCUGACAAUGGCGUUAAAUAUUGUACUUGGGCGAGAUCGAGGGCAUGCCGCUGUCGCACCAAUUGUUAUUCAUGCUGUCGCGUUAACAUUUUCGUUUUUGCCAGCUGAUAUGUUUCUCCUUGGCACGUUUAAUGAAUUUAUUAAUGUCGUCAAGAAUGAUGAACAUCUUUUGGAGUUUUCAUUGCCUUGUAAUUUGUCACGGAAAUCUUUUAGAGACCCACCACCAGCACAAGCGAC